AUCGGUGCUUCCAGGACAUUCCUCAAAUUGCGAUAUCCUCUUCCCACCACCGUCUAUCCCUCGCCGCGGCAGUUCAAUAAGGGUGAAACUUAUACCUUUCCCUUUAGCUUUGUUGUUUCGAACUACAUAGAACCUCCUGUUUGCACCUCAAAGCUCGAUGAGGCCCAUACACAGCUUCCGCCGGCCCUUACA